UCACCUUCAUUCACUGAUCGGAGUAUUUCUGUGCAGGAGCGAAUAGUUUCACCUGAGGAAAAACGGAAGAAGCGUCGCUGGAUUGAUAAAGGAGAACCAACUGGCUCGGUGUCUAAACAAGAUAACGAGUAAGGAGUGAAGGCUGGAGGAGGAGCAGCAGGAGUAGGAGGUGGUGACAACACCACCUGUGACGAGUCGAGCUUAGAGCAGCUCAUACACACUGAAGCCUCAGCUAUUUUCUGCUGCUCCAUUUCUGUGUUUGACAGAAAAGUGUGUGUCGCCUGCGUGUGUGGAUUUGGUCAAAGUCCACUCGGAUUUAUCCUGAACUGAAGGAAACCUCAGAUUUCUUAUCUUCGAGGAAAUUGUUCGUGUUUCAGGUUUCUUCAGUCCAUCCUGUCCGAGGGAACAUGUUUGCCUGAGUGCCUCAGUCGAAGUGGUCCAAGAGGGUUGACCACCAUGGGGUGUGCGGCAGUGAUGCAGGUCCUGCUGUUGACCUACUGUGUGUUUGUGGCAGCGGGUUACCCGUUCAAAACGCCCCUGGACCUGGACGUGACUCCACGAAUCACAGUGUUCAACCGAGGCCUCCGGGGCUGCAGGCGUUUCCAGUCUUCCACCGUCAACUACAGCACCAUGCUGCUGGAGGCUGACAGCGAGCAUCUCUACGUCGGAGCCCGGGGCGUUGUUUACCGUCUCAAUGCCUCUGACAUUUCAGCCACUUCUGCCCUCACUAUUAACUGGGAGGUUUCCUCUGACCAGAAGCAGCAGUGUCUGCUGAAGGGAAAAGACAAUGAGACCGAGUGUUUCAAUCACAUCCGUUUCCUCCAGAGGUUCAACUCCACUCAUCUCUACACGUGCGGCACUCACGCCUUCAGGCCGCUCUGUGCUUACAUAGAUGAGCAGAAGUUUGUCAUUUCUGCUCAGCCUGAGGAGGGCAAAGACAAAUGUCCAUAUGGCCCGACGACAGGCUACACCGCCCUCAUCAUAGACCAGCAGAUGUAUUCAGCCUCCCAGUAUGAAUUCAGAAGUUUUCCAGAUAUUCGCCGUAACUCUCCACCUCCCACCCUGAGGACAGAGGACGCCCCCACACGCUGGCUCAACGAGGCAGACUUUGUCGGCUCUGCACUCGUGAGGGAGAGUUUGAGCAGCAGCACUGGAGACGAUGAUAAAAUCUACUUCUUCUUCACUGAGCGCAGCCAGGAGCAGACAACAGCCUACAGCUCCAGCAGGGUGGCGCGGGUGGCUCGGGUUUGUAAGGGCGACCGCGGAGGCCGCUUAACUCUCCAGAAGCGCUGGACGUCCUUCCUGAAGGCCAGACUGAUGUGUUCUCUGUCCGAGUACGACUUCCACUUCAACAUGUUACGCAGUGUGUUCGUCGUGCCAGGACAAACGCCACAGGACACACUCUUCUACGGCAUCUUCGGCCUGGAGUGGAAAAACGUGAAGGCGUCUGCUGUGUGUCGGUUCUCUCUGACUGAAGUGCAAGAGGCCUUCCAAGGACCCUACAUGGAGAACCAGGACUCGGGCUCAAACUGGAAGGAGUACAUGGGAAAGAUCCCGGACCCCAGACCUGGAACGUGUAUAACCCAGGCUCUGAGGGCGCGGGGCAUCAAUGACUCCACCUCGCUGCCUGACGACAUGCUGGACUUCCUGAGAAGGCACCCACUGAUGUCGCAGAAGAUUCAGCCUGCAGACAGACGCCCCCUGCUGUUUAGGAGGACCACACACUACACACAGUUGGCCGUGCACAUGGUCCAGAGCUUAGAUGGACAAACGUACACUGUGCUGUACAUGGGCACAGAUGAAGGAUGGCUACACAAGGCAGUUGAAAUCGACGGUCAACUGCACCUCAUCCAAGAGCUUCAACUCUUUGAGGAACCACAGCCUGUGAACAAUCUUCUGAUUUCUGCCCAACAGAUGAGUGUGUACGUGGGCUCCCCGUCAGGCGUGCUGCAGCUGUCACUCUCCGACUGCCAGAGAUACACUUUCUGCUACGACUGUGUCUUUGCCAGGGAUCCUCACUGCGCUUGGAAUGGCGCCCAGUGCGUGGACAUAAUGACCCAAUCUGACAGAUCCACAUUAAUCCAGGACAUUCAGUUCGGCAGCAGGGGCUGUGAGAACGUACAACACGAUGUGAUGCAGCGCAGCCGCUCCGUGCGUGUGGGUGAUGACCUGCUUCUACAGUGUGAGCUCAGCUCCAACCUGGCCACUCCCCUCUGGACUCUGGACGGCAGUGAGGUGCAGGGUUACGACCUGAACUCAGGUUUACGAAUCGGCACAGAUGGACUGUUGAUCAUCGAAGCGCAGCAGGACCAGAGCGGGUUGUACACCUGUCAUGGUGUGGAGAACAACGUCAAGGUUCCCGUACUUAGCUACAAUGUCACUGUCAACCCAAACCUGCCCCCACUUCCACCUCUUGAACCUCACGAAGAACCUCAGGACCUCGUCCCCACACUGCCAGCUCCGACUGAACAUACGUCUGCAGAGAGGCCUGUGCCGCCACCAGUGGCUCCUCUGCUCCCACGCUCGGAGCUGCUCUCCCCCAGAAACAUGGAGGCCAUAUACCUGUCCCUGAUCACCAUCCUGGGCAGCCUGUGUGUGGUCCUCACCACUGUCCUCGUCUACGUGGGCUUCUGCCUCCGUGUGGGUCAGAGAGGGAAGUACUCUUUACGAGCAGCAUCUGCGGCAUACCCCUGCAGCAGGAGGCACAGCAAGAACAGAAGAGCAGCCAGGAGCUCCUCCAACAUGGAGCUGAAGACCAUCUCCAACCACCACAAUGGAAACGGCGUUUGUAAUGGAGGUUCCAAGCAGCAAAACGGUGACGUCCACGACGGAGGCCUCCUCCAGAUUGUACCCGGCGGAGGUCACACCUCUUUAAACACGGGGCCUCCUCCUCCCGCGCCUCCCCUCCCCCCUACACCACAACAUCUGCCUUCACACUGCGACUUCCCCAGUGGACUGUCGGCUACGCUGCCCAGCGUCCUGAGGAGGAUGAAUGGGAACAGCUACGUCCUGCUGAGACAGAGUGACUCUGAGACCUCCUCACCUGUCUGUUACUCCUUCUCAGAGGAGCUCAACCGGAUCUUAGAAAAGAGAAAACACACUCAGCUUCUGCCCAGACCUGACGAGAGCUCUGUGUAGAAAGAUAGGACGCCCCAUGUGGUGGGAGGACUGAUUUGGUUUUUUUAACGUGGUGCUAAAGUGCCUGUCACGAGAUUCUAUAUUGUUUGUGGACCAAAGCAAUAAGAGUCUUAUUUAUGUUUGUUUUUUCACAUUCCUGCAUUUUGAAACUUUUGAAAAACAACCGAACUUAUUAAUUGAAGGAUGGAAUAUGAA